CUCCUUAGUCAAGGUGCGGCAGACGAACAGGUGCGCAAGGAUUCACCGAGACUUUUUAAACUCAAAUAUUGCUCCUGUGUGUUACUAUUUCACCUUCACAGCGCAAAGGACCGGUUUAAUCAAUUAAACAAGGAUAACUUCGUAAAGAAGCAAGCAGAGUUAGUUUGUUGGGAUUACCAGUUUCGCAGCAGGUAAACGUCGCCUUUUUUUUUUUUUUUUUUGAUCUGAAGUCGGGUGAAAAAAGAAACAUCGAAAUGGCCAACUCGGGUCUUCAGAUUCUGGGUUUCGCUCUGGCUCUUCUUGGUGUGAUUGGACUGAUAAUUGGCACCAUUUUGCCCCAGUGGAAGAUGUCAGCUUUUGUUGGAUCCAACAUCAUCACGGCGGUGUCCAUGUACGAGGGACUAUGGAUGUCCUGUGCGUUUCAGAGCACAGGCCAGAUCCAAUGCAAAGUGUACGACUCCAUGCUGCAGCUCACCGGUCCCCUUCAAGCAGCGCGCGCCCUCAUGGUUGUGAGCAUUAUUGUUGUCGUAGCUGGACUGGGUGCCGCCUGUAUGGGAAUGAAAUGCACAAACUGCGGAGGAGACGACAAAGUGAAGAAGUCCCGCAUUGCUAUGACUGGUGGCAUCAUUGUUUUAGUUGGAGCUCUGUGUGGCAUUAUCGCCUGCUCUUGGUACGCUAACGACAUCGUCCGAGCCUUCUAUGACCCUUUUACUCCCGUCAACACAAAGUAUGAGUUUGGCUCUGCCAUCUUCAUCGCCUGGGCUGGAGCUUUUCUGGCUAUAAUUGGAGGUGCCAUGCUGGCAGCAUCCUGCACAAAGGAAAAGCCUUCACCCAAGUAUCCCAUCUCCACUAGGCCCCCAAGUAGCUCUAAGGAAUACGUUUGAACAGAAUAGGAAUUGGUUACUGUUUGAAAGAACAUUUUAAUAUUCACCCUGAAUCCCAACUGGCAAAAUAAAAAUAAAACAAUUGGUAUCCAUGGAGUACUGGCUUUAUAUUAAACUGCCUUUUUAGUUUCUGCAGGACUACCCUUGAUGUUACUGUAAUAUUUUACUAAACUCUUGGAAAAGUUAAAUUUUUUUUUAUACUGGAUGUUUACUUCAUAACAUACUGGUCUUGCCCUGUUGGAAUCUGCAGGUUAUGCUUUAUGUAUACUUUUCAGUGUACUGUGUACGAAAACUGAACAUUCUAAAGCACAGAGUUAAAAUAUGGAGAAGCUUGACAAGGGAAGCCCUUUUUAUGUGCUGUACAUUUGAAUGGAUCAUUUUGGGUAACAUCUGUUCUGCUGUAAGGUACUUUAAAGAUCAGUAACACUGCAGACCUUUUUUUUUUAAUGUAUUGGUAUAAAUUGUAACUAAUACCAUGACUUAUACUCGGAUUGCCAAUUUUGUUAUUACUUGUGAAACAGAAAUGUUGUGACGCUCUGACAGUUUAAGAUCUUUAUGCGAGGGAGUUUGGCUUGUACUAGCUAUUUGUUAUCUUUUUAAAAUUGUUUUUAUGUUGUAAAUAAAGUUUAAGCAAAAAUCUC